UUUUCACCUCUUCUUUACUGAUAAAGAAUUUUUUUAAAAAAAAUUUUUCUUCUUAACUCGUGAAUACCACAUUUGCGAACGUUCUUUAAGCUUCCUGACAGGAUCCCCUUGAACACGUGAAAAAUUCAAAGAUGUCAAAGGGAGACGUUCGCACAAAAAAAUUUGAAUAUUUCAAUAAGCUUAAGACCUUGUUAGAAGAGUACCCUUCCAUAUUUAUUGUGAAUGUUGAUAAUGUCGGGUCCAAUCAAAUGCAUCAAAUUCGUCACACUCUUCGCCGCAAAGCUGUUGUAUUAAUGGGAAAGAAUACAAUGGUUAGAAGAGCCCUUAAAGGUCUUAUCCCUGAAAACGCCCAAUAUGAGAAACUUUUACCACAUGUAAAAGGUAACGUUGGGUUUGUUUUCACUAAUGGUGAUUUGAAAGAAACUCGGGAUGUUAUUUUGUCCAACAGGGUUAAAGCUCCUGCUAAGGCUGGAGCUAUUGCUCCUAUCGACGUAUUUGUGCCAGCGGGUAAUACUGGCAUGGAACCGGGAAAGACCUCUUUUUUUCAGGCUCUUGGUGUUCCAACCAAAAUUGCUCGUGGUACAAUUGAAAUCAUUAAUCAAGUACAUUUGGUAAAAAAAGAAACAAAAGUUGGUGCAUCUGAAGCUACUUUACUUAAUAUGUUAAACAUCUCUCCAUUUACUUAUGGGAUGACUGUUACUCAAAUUUUUGAUAAUGGCACUACAUUUCAUCCUUCUGUUCUUGAUAUUGAAGAAGAUACCCUAAUUAGUCAUUUAUUGACUGGAAUUAGAAGAAUUGCUGCUCUUUCUUUACAACUCCAUUACCCUACACUAGCUUCUAUUCCUCAUUCACUUAUCAAUGGAUUUAAGAAUCUUUUAGCCAUAUCUGUUGCUACUGAAUAUACUUUCCCUGCUUCCGAAAAGAUUAAAGCUUAUCUUGCAGAUCCAAGUGCUUUUGCGGCUGCCGCUCCUGCUGCUGCUGCUGCUGCUGAUGAAACUAAAGAGUCUGCACCAGUUAAGGAAGAAGAACCUGAUGAAGAAACCGAUGAAGAUAUGGGAUUAGAUCUUUUCGGUUAAAAGCAAAAUUUUUUGCAAAUGUUGUCUUGGAUUACUUUUAGGGAUAUAAUCCGUCACUAUUAUGUAACUUAGAAUAUCAGGAUCUUGAGAGAUAACACGAUAACGUGAAUAUUAUUAGAUUUUGUAAUCAUAAAUUCAACUACUUUUUAUAACCUUUUCAAAAUAAAAUAUUAUCUGAAACAUUGCACUUUAAAAAAUUUAUUACAAU